AUGGCAAACUCAAAGAAAAUACAGGAGGUACGUUGGUGGUUAUUAUUAUUAUUAUGACAAUAAUCUGCGACGUCGGUCUCGUCGGUUUCCGCCCGUUUUUUCUCUCGGCAAUGAGACGAUUGUUUGGCUAGAUACUUGAGAGGCGAAAUGCACAAAAAAGUUCGGAUCAGAGCCGCCGCCCACGCUCUCCACUUGGAUGGAUCGAAAAAGAAAUCAAACAGAAAGAGCCGGAGGGCGGGUGUGCGUGACUUCUUGGGAAUGGGCGGCGCCCCCCGGCGAGAUCAUCCACGUGGCAGGCGAGCUCACGAGAAUGAGUGUUUGUGUAUUGCAGCUGGUGCACGAGUGCAACGUGCAAUUGGCACUCUUCCGCGGAGCCACGCAAGGCAUCGGAACCGCCCAGGACGGAGCCUCGUUAAGGAGGUGAGCGCUUUUGAGGGAAAUCUUUCAAAAAGCUGUUGCUUUUUUUGCUGAGAAUUGUCGAACGUCUCACAACGCACUAAAUGUUUCGCAUUUUCCACACAGAAAGCUUUUCAGCAGUGAGAAUCCUUCAACUCAGGCAAAUAGUUUGUAAUCUAGCUAGGAGAUUUCGUAAUCUAAACCGAGUCGAGAGUAUUUCUAACCGGACCUAAUUAGAUUGCACUAUCACCUAAUUAGAUUUGCAAAUCGGCUAAUUAGAUUAACAAGUUUCCUAACUAGAUUCGGAUAUCUCCUAAUUAGAUUUGGCCAUAUUUUCAAAAUUCUCGAUAAAAAUCGACAAAUUUAUUGGGAAAACAACAACAAAUAAGAGUUCAACAGAAUAAAAAGUAAAAAAAUUAACAAAUUAGAAGAAAAUGUCGACUUCGGCGGUUUAAAUGUGCUCGCGUCAGCCUACACUCCUUUCGCUCUCUUCAAUUCUUUCUUGCUCGUCGAACGACUGUGGUUGCUGAAAGCAGAAGUCCGUGUUAUACGUGCUCCGGGAAACAUACAAAAUGUUUGCCAGAUGCAGUUUUAAAAGAAUCGCAACAGGCAAAAGGCACGAGAUCCUUUGGACGAGUGACCUUUGAGGCCAAAAACUUUUCGUCGAGCCUGCAAAUUCGUUAAUAUGAGGAGGAAAUCCGGGUUUUCAAACUGACUGGGUCGUCGAACACGCCUGUCACAAUAUUCCCUCUGACUAUGAACCCGUUCAACACAGUGCACAGUUCUAAUUCAUUGUGCAGCAUCGACUCGCGUCAGUCUAGUGUUUUCGAACAACAGUUUCUUCAUGUUCAUCUUAUUAGCUACUUCUGUACAGUCGAAAUAUGUCGAAAUCGCUGAAAAAAAUAGUCCGGUCAUUCCGAAAUCGAAGUAAAAACCUCUUCUUGAUUGGGUAGUCGACAGUUGUUAUUUUCACACGUGGCAUGAUUGCCGUCUGAAAUAGACACAUUUUUGCACAAAAAUGUAAAAAUAAUAGUAUAACAGCAAAAAAAAAACGUUCGAAAUCGAUCGAAAACGGCGUGUCUUCCUUCUGUUCAAAUUUCUGUUCAAAUUCCCGUCAAUCUAAUUAGGUUGACUUUAGAUUCGGAUUUUUUCUAAUUAGAUUAGCAAUUAUGUCUGCUGGCGCGAUUCGAGAUCGCGCCUUCGUUUUUACAGUCAAAUCUAGCUAGGUUUAGUUUAGAUUCCGUUUUCACCUAGCUAGAUUCGGAACUCGGUUUAGAUUACGAAAUCUCCUAGCUAGAUUACAAACGAUUUGCCUGAGAAUUUUAUUUUUCGAAAAGCAAAAUUUUGGAGCGAAUCGAUUUCGCCGACAAUUUGCAGUCGCUCGUCUAUUUUUUUUAGAGAAUUCUAGGCCAGAGAACUCGAAUUUCUUCGGAAAGCUGUUCGAUUUUUGUGCUGGCCACCAGCGAAAUGUGAAUUUUGUCCUUUUUCUCUCAAAUUGUUGGCAAAAAUCGAUAUUCUACGUGUUGGUGACGUGUUUUACACUAGUAUUCGAUACGAGAAUCUGGCGAUUUAGUGCAAUUGCACUGAACAAUCAAUAACAGCCGUGUUUCCAAAUAAAAGUGUUCACUAUUCGAUGAUUGCAGAGAAGUGGAAACAGCGGGUCGAGCAUGUCAGAAAGCGGUCGAAGCGGCCAACAACGUCGUCCUUCCGCAGCUGAGGGCUGAUGGUCUGUUUCUGAAUUAUUCCUUUGAAAAUUCAAAAAAUUCUGCAUUCAGAAGCGGAAAUCGCCCGUCACGGAAGUCUGUUCAUCGGAUGCGUCGGCGCGUAUUUGAUCGAAAUGAAGAGAUGCGUCAAGUUGGAGAAGACGUUUCCGGCGCCGACGGAGCCGUCGGUGACGAGGCAGCAGGUGGAGCGGGUGGAGAGCAUUCUCGACACCCUCGAGAACCUCAUCACCGUCCAUUACUCCACCAACGAGCAGCCCGCCCUCGAUAAGGUGAGCAAGUUUUAAAAAUUGGAAAAAAAACGAGAGAGUUGAAAAGCCUCAAUAACUAGAAAUAACCGUUUGAUUUUGAGAGGUGUCACAAAAUGGACGCAGCCGCUUGAAAGAACAUCUUGCGUUGAAAAAACCGCUUUACCAAUUUCUCUAUUUUUAUAAUGGGGUUAUUCAGGCUGUGAAAAAAAUGAUUGUUUUCCGUUUUUUUCGUUUUUUUACGUCAAAAAAUCCAAUUCAGCGAUGUAAAAAAACGAAAAAAACAUAAAACAAACAUACGCUGAAUAGCCCCAUAAGGCUCACGUGAGAAAAGUUGCGUCCAUUUAAGAAACACCGUCUCCGGCAGUGCCUGGCAGCACGCUCCGUCAAAAUAAAGCAGCCAGUUUUUCAAAAGUUCUUGAUAAACAUUUCAUUAAUUCAUUAAUUGCAGUUGCAAGUGACGCCACGAAGGAGGCGAGCCACGUCGUGCCGGCCGCAGUGUGUGUGCUCGAAACUGAAAACGAGUUAUGCGUGACCCGAAUUGGUCCUUCGUCCUCUUCCUCGACUUCUCAAUUCGUCUCUUCUCCAAUUCCGAUUCGAUUCUCUCGUUUUCAGAAAAUUUCCUUCUCUACGCCAAUUCUUCUUUCUUCUAGGUGAGUGUUUUUUGCGAGCCUUACAAACAAACGAUGCUUUUUGGCGGAAAAAGUACAGAAAAUCAGAAAAAAAAAACGAUUUUCAGGUGCAGGCUGUUCCCUCUCCUCCUCCUCCUCCUUCAUCUCAUCGCGGUGUCUUCCUGA